UGUCGAUUCCAAGCGGAUACAAUGUAUCUGGUCUUGGCCCAAUGUUAGCCUAGCUGGAAACUCCAGAAGGAAAGGAAAGCAGGAGGCGUCCCCCAAAAAGCAUCUCUGGAAGUGUGCAAUGCGCGCCAGAGAGAAAAACGCAGAGGGGAGAUCUGGGCACGCUGGGCUUUGCAAGGGUUAAAGAGAACUGAGCUGCCUUCCUAGAGAGGACAGGAAGCAAGAGGGGGCUGGUCCUCCAGCUCCAAGGUCCCUCCCUCCCCAGUCCUUUCCUGCAAGGAAGGGGGGUGUUGCUUUGGUGUCUCUCCUGCAAGGGCUGCCUCGCUGCCCCCUCCCGGGAUCUGGAUUUGCUAGUGCCUCUCCUUAAGACAGACAGAACUUGGCAGAAGACCAAAGGGUCCCUUCCGAUCUCUCAGAGGCUUCCUGAGAGUAUAGAUGGGUGAGCGAGACUCAGCUGGCCCUGGAGCAGGAAGAGGCCAUGCCAUCCAAACUGGGAGCAGUGGGGGAUUCUGGGAAAACUCUGUGCAGAAGAUCCUGGGUAAGGCGGACGCCCUCCGCUCAGAGGUGCAGAGCCAGCAGUUGAGGCAGUUCUGCUGCCAGGAGGCCAAAGGACCGCGAGAGGUUUGCAGCCGACUCUACCACCUUGACCAUCAGUGGCUGAAGCCGGAAAGGCACACGAAAGCUGAGAUGCUGGACCUGGUGAUCUUGGAGCAGUUCCUGGCUGUCCUUCCACCAGAGAUGGAGAGCUGGGUGAGAGAAUGUGGAGCGGAGACCAGUUCGCAGGCAGUGGCCCUGGCCGAAGGUUUCCUCCUGAGUCAGGCAGAGGAGAGAAAGCAGGAAAAGGAUCUCUUUGCAGAAAUGGACCAGAUUUCUUCUGAGGCAGAGAGGCCUCCGUUGGACACCAGAGAGAGGCAGCUGGGUGACACAGUGAUACUGGCUAGACCUCUUCAACCAUCUCUGAAUGGGGACAGAAGAGAAGCAGCGGCUGUGGAACCAGAUCAGGGUCCAGUGUGCUUUGAAGAUGUUGCUGUUUGUUUCACGGAUGAGGAGUGGGACUUGCUGGAUCCUGACCAGAGAGCUCUGCAUAAGGAUGUCAUGGAGGAGAAUUGUGGGAUCAUGGCCUCUCUUGAUAGAGAUGGACUGGAAAUCAAGGACAAGGGUGACCAUGACAAAAUCCCCACAAUGGAGAAGCUGAAUAAAUAUCUUGAAUGUGGGAAAAGUUCCUUUUCCACUUCCCAUCAAAGAAAUCCCAUUGGGAAGAAAGCAUAUCAGUGCUUUGGAUGUGGAAAGAGCUUCAGUUUCAACCACCAUCUCACUUCCCAUCAGAGAAUUCAUACAGGGGAGAAGCCCUAUCAGUGUGUGGAAUGUGGAAAGAGCUUCAGUCAAAAGGGCAAUCUCACUAAGCAUCAGAGAAUUCAUACAGGAGAGAAACCCUAUCAGUGUGUGGAAUGUGGAAAGAGCUUCAGUCAGAACUUCUCUCUCAGUUCCCAUCAAAGAAUUCAUACAGGGGAGAAACCAUAUCAGUGUGUGGAAUGUGGAAAGAGCUUCACUCAGAGCUCCUCUCUCACUAAGCAUCAGAGAAUUCAUACAGGGGAGAGAGCCUAUCAGUGUGUGGAAUGUGGAAAGAGCUUCACUGAUAGCUCCUUUCUCACUUCCCAUCAGAGAAUUCAUACAGGGGAAAAACCCUAUCAGUGCGUAGAAUGUGGAAAGAGCUUCACUCACAGCCACAAUCUCACUUCCCAUCAGAGAAUUCAUACAGGGGAGAAGCCCUAUCAGUGUGUGGAAUGUGGAAAGAGCUUCAGUCAAAAGGUCAAUCUCACUAAGCAUCAGAGAAUUCAUACAGGAGAGAAACCAUAUCAGUGUGUGGAAUGUGGAAAGAGCUUCACUGAAAGCUCCUCUCUCACUUCCCAUCAGAGAAUUCAUACAGGGGAGAGACCCUAUCAGUGUGUGGAAUGUGGAAAGAGCUUCACUGAAAGCUCCUCUCUCACUUCCCAUCAGAGAAUUCAUACAGGGGAGACACCCUAUCAGUGUGUGGAAUGUGGAAAGAGCUUCAGUUUCAACGACCAUCUCACUUCCCAUCAGAGAAUUCAUACAGGGGAGAAGCCCUAUAAGUGUGUGGAUUGUGGAAAGAGCUUCAGUUACAGCAGCAAUCUCACUCGCCAUCAGAGAAUUCAUACAGGGGAGAAACCCUAUCAGUGUGUGGAAUGUGGAAAGAGCUUCAAUACAAGCUCCUAUCUCAUUAAGCAUCAGAGAAUUCAUACAGGGGAGAAACCCUAUCAGUGCUUGGAAUGUGGAAAGAGCUUCAGUCAUAGUUCCCAUCUCUGUACCCAUCAAAGAAUUCAUACAGGGGAGAAACCCUAUCAGUGCUUGGAAUGUGGAAAGAGCUUCAGACAGAAGGGCAAUCUCGCUUACCAUCAAAGAAUUCAUACAGGGGAGAAACCAUAUCAGUGUGGGGAAUGUGCAAAGAGCUUCAGUCAGAGCUGCAAUCUCAGUUCACAUCAAAAAAUUCAUACAAAGUUCCCAAAACCCUUCAUUAUACAUCUUUCAGUGCCAGGGAAAAACUCAAUGGAUGUGCGAGACUCAGCUGGCCCUGGAACAGGAAGAGGCCAUGCCAACCAAACUGGGAGCAGUGGGGGGUUAUGGGAAAACACUGUGCAGAAGAUCCUGGGUGAGGAGGACACCCUCUGCUCAGAGGUGCAGAGCCAGCAGGUGAGGCAGUUCUGCUGCCAGGAGGCCAAAGGACCCCGAGAGGUUUGCAGCCGACUCCACCACCUUGACCAUCAGUGGCUGAAGCCAGAAAGGCACACGAAAGCUGAGAUGCUGGACCUGGUGAUCUUGGAGCAGUUCCUGGCUGUCCUUCCCCUGGAGAUGGAGAGCUGGGUGAGGGAAUGCGGAGCGGAGACCAGUUCGCAGGCGGUGGCCCUGGCCGAAGGUUUCCUCCUGAGUCAGGCAGAGGAGAGAAAACAGGAAAAUGAUCAUUUUGCAGAAAUGGACCUGGAUUCCUGUGAGGCAGAGAGGCCUCCGUUGGACAUCAGAAAGAGGCAUCAGGGUGACAGAAUGAUGCCCGCAAGACCUAUUCAUCCAUCUUUGAAUGGGGACAGAAUGGAAGCAGCAGCUGUGGAACCAGAUCAGGGUCCAGUGUGCUUUGAAGACGUUGCUGUUUGUUUUACGGACGAGGAGUGGGCAUUGCUGGAUCCUGACCAGAGAGCGCUGCAUAAGGACGUCAUGGAGGAGAAUCGUGGGAUCGUGGCCUAUCUUGAUCGCGAACGACUGGAAAUCAAGAACAAGGGUGACCAUGACAAAAUGGAGAAGCCGUAUCAAUAUCUUGAAUGUGGAAAAAGUUCCCGUUCUACUUCCCAUCAAAGAAAUGCCAUUAGGAAGAAACCAUAUCAGUGCUUGGAAUGUGAAAAGAGCUUCAGUACAAGCUCCUCUCUGAGUUCCCAUCAGAGAAUUCAUACAGGGGAGAAACCCUAUCAGUGCGUGGAAUGUGAAAAGAGAUUCACUCACAACCACAGUCUCACUUCCCAUCAAAGAAUUCAUACAGGGGAGAAACCCUAUAAGUGUAUGGAAUGUGGAAAGAGCUUCAGAAAGAGCUCACAUCUCACUUCCCAUCAAAGAUUUCAUACAGGGGAGAAACCCUAUCAGUGUGUGGAAUGUGGAAAGAGCUUCAGUAAGAGCUCCCACCUCAGUUCCCAUCAAAAAAUUCAUACAGGAGAGAAACCAUAUAAUUGCUUGGAAUGUGGAAAGAGCUUCUGUCGGAGCACCGAUCUCACUUCCCAUGUAAGAAUUCAUACAGGGGAGAAACCAUACGAUUGCUUGGAAUGUGGAAAGAGCUUCCGUCGGAGCAGUGAUCUCACUUUCCAUCAAAGAAUUCACACUGGGGAGAAACCCUAUAUAUGCUUAGAAUGUGGAAAGAGCUUUAUUCAGAGUGCCCAUCUCACUUCCCACCAAAGAAGUCAUACAGGGGAGAAGCCAUAUCAGUGCUUGGAAUGUAGAAAAAGCUUCAGUACGAGUUCCCUUCUUACUUCCCAUCAAAGAAUUCAUACAGGGGAGAAACCCUAUACAUGCUUAGAAUGUGGAAAGCACUUCCGUCGGAGCACCGAUCUCACUUACCAUCAAAGAAUUCAUACAGGGGAGAAACCCUAUCAGUGCGUGGAAUGUGGAAAGAGCUUCAGUACGAGCUCCUAUCUCACUUUCCACAAAAGAAUUCAUACAGGGGAGAAACCGUAUCAGUGCAGGGAAUGUGGAAAGAGCUUCAGUACGAGCUCCUAUCUUACUUUCCAUCAUAGAAUUCAUACAGGAGAGAAACCCUAUCAGUGCAGGGAAUGUGGAAAGAGCUUCAGUACGAGCUCCUAUCUUACUUUCCAUCAUAGAAUUCAUACAGGAGAGAAACCCUAUCAGUGCAGGGAAUGUGGAAAGAGCUUCAGUACGAGCUCCUAUCUUACUUUCCAUCACAGAAUUCAUACAGGAGAGAAACCCUAUCAGUGCAGGGAAUGUGGAAAGAGCUUCAGUAAGAGCUCCCAUCUCACUUCCCACCAAAGAAUUCAUACGAAGGGCAGAAAAACCCUUCAUAAUACCACUUUAGUCGCCAGCCAGAUAUGCGCCUCUUUAACCAGGUCUUUGGCCGAUUGACAUCUAAUGCCUUUUUAAAAUGUUUGGAGGGGGAGUGUAAGGUGUUUUUUGUGUAUGUGUAUUUUCGUUUUAUUAUAUUGUGUUUUUAUGUUGUAACCACCCUGAGACCUGUGGGUGUAGGCUAUAGGAGGCAACUCCUAGAGGCCAUGGGGUCUUUGCCCCCUCCCAUUAUAAAAUAUUUUAGGGGGCUGGAUUUCCGGUUCCGGUCUGCCUUAAUGCCACUCCCACUAUAGCGGUGAUCGUUAGCAAAGAAUAAACAUGGAUGAUUUGAGAGUAAUUAUCCUUGCAAGCUCCCCCCAGGACCCGGGGGGAGUUAGCUUCAUUCACAGAUCAUCUUGUUACCUGGCUCUUACUCCGGCAUGGAAUCCGAGCGGCAGGGAGGCGCUGAGUGCAAAAGCACUUUGCUUAUCUGUAACCCUCCUACGCAGCCAUUAAGAAGCAGAGGGAGUUCAGUUUAUUAGAAUAAAUUUAGAACUAAUAUACAGACACAUGCUGUAAAAUAUGGGAAAAUAUCAUAAACUGCUAAAUUGAAAAAUUAUCCAGUAGCACUUUAGAGAUCAACUAUGUUUGUUCUGGGUAUAAAUUUUCGUGUACAUGCACACUUCUUCAGAUACACUGAAACAGAAGUCACCAGACCCUUAAAUUGAAACAGCUACAGAGCCAUAAUGAUUCAAACUGGAAAGAAGACUUCCUUCGAUGUAAAAUAUGGUAUGUAAGGGGGAGGGAGCCUUUACCCUCUCUUUGUAUAUAUCACGUUUGCUACAUAAAUGAU